AUGAAUACCAGUCAGUCUGAUAUUGACCUCCAGUCGCUGCGCUCUGUGAAGCGCAAGUUGGACCCGGAGAACGAUUCUGUUGUACCAAAGCCAGAUCUGGAGGAGUCCGAUCCCUUUGGAGACGAAAGCCAAUCUGGCGUGAAGUACAAGACCAUGGCGUGGUGGCAAGCCGGCAUGAUCAUGAUCGCAGAAACCAUCUCGCUUGGUAUUCUCGCGCUGCCCAAAGCGCUUGCUGUUCUAGGUCUUGUUCCCGGCAUCCUAACCAUCCUCGGGGUUGGGAUCAUCUCGACGUAUACCGCAUAUACCAUCGGGCGAUUCAAAUGCCGCCAUGUCCAAGUGCACAGUAUGGCUGAUGCUGGUGAUCUUCUGAUGGGAAGGGUUGGACGGACUACACUGGAUGUGGCCCAGCUCGUCUUUUUUGUGUUGGUCAUGGGAAGCCAUAUCCUCACUUUUUCCAUCAUGAUGAACGUUCUCACCGAACAUUCUUCCUGCACCAUCGUAUUUUCGGUUGUCGGUCUACUCGCCUCGUUCAUGUUGACCCUUCCACGGCGACUUGAGAGGCUUUCUCACAUCUCCUCCGUGAGCUUUGUGAGUAUCGUCGGAGCGGUUCUUACUGGUAUGAUUGGAGUCACCCUUGUCAAACAAGGCCCAGUGGAGGUCCCAGCUUUUUCGCCUCCGCCCAAAGUGCAUGAUGCGUGCCUUGCUAUUGCAAACAUAAUAUUUGCGUACGCAGGACAUGUUGCAUUCUUUACCCUUUUCUCCGAGCUCAAAGAGCUCAAGGACUUCCCAAAGGCUCUGGCGCUUUUGCAGAUGAGUGAAAUGGUCUUGUACACAGUGGCUUCUAUUAUGAUAUAUGCCUAUGUUGGGCCAACUGUCAACUCACCUGCUCUCAAUUCUUCGGGACAAUUGUUUCGCAAGAUUUCCUAUGCAAUCGCACUACCUACGAUCCUGAUCGGGGGUGUGGUGAACGCCCAUGUUGCCGUCAAGUUCAUUUACGUUCGUGUCUUCCGGGGGACCAACUCGAUGCAUACCCAGUCAUUUAGGGCGCGGGUAGUUUGGACUGUUACAUGUGCGGGGCUUUGGAUCUUGUCGUGGAUCAUCGCCGAGGCAAUACCGGUUUUCAACGAUGUACUAGGGCUUGCGAGUUCCUUAUUUGCUAGCUGGUUUUCAUUCGGUCUACCUGGGCUAUUCUGGCUCUAUCUGAACCGAACUUGUUGGUACAUGACCUGGCGACAGAGGGCAUUGUUUGGCUUCAAUCUUUUUCUGGUGUUUCUUGGAUUUGUCAUUUGCAUUGUCGGGUUGUACUCGUCUAUUCGGUCGAUCUUUAACAACCUUCGCGAGGGUGUCGGAGGAGGUAGCUUCUCAUGUGCCGACAAUUCCCUCUAUUGA